AGGUCGCAGCAGCGGCGGCCCACCACAAAGCCCACAAGGUAGAGUGCCUCGAUGCGCGCGCGGGCAUCAAGGCACCCUACCACAAGGCGGCAUGUGGCGGCACUUCAGCCCACGUGAUCCAGCCGCAGGUGACAGAUCGUUCAGCUGGUGCGCGCUCGAAGCGCGCUAGGUACGGGGGGAGCUUUCUCGUCGUAUAUUCAAACCUUUACUGCAAGCGCUGCGAUGGCCGUUGCCGACGAAGACGAAGACUUUAGUGUGGCUUUGGAGCUUCAUCUACAGAUCAACGAAGAGAAUGAGUACCGCGAGAGCUUACUAACAUGGGAUCGCCCGAGUACAAAGGCCCCAGUGGAGAGAUCUGUGGUGCCUUAUUCAUCACGGAGAGAUCUUUCAGUUGUGGAUGACUUUUGGGAGCUAAAUGACCCAAAUCCAGAUCUGCGUAGCCUCUUCGUUGAGUUCAAUGAGGCUUUCUUCUUUGGAAAACUGAGUCAUGUUGAAGUACGCUGGAGUCCACGCAUGACCCUAUGUGCCGGGUUGUGCUGCUACGAGGGUCAAGGUGGCCUGUGUUCUGUACGUCUCAGCGAACCACUGCUGAAGUUGCGGCCGAGGAAGGACCUUGUGGAAACCCUGCUGCAUGAGAUGAUACAUGCCUACCUUUUUGUGACUGCCAACAAUAAGGAUCACGAUGCUCACGGAUCUGAAUUUCAUAAGCACAUGGAACGUAUAAACAGAGCAAGUGGAGCCCAUAUAACCGUGUACCACAACUUUCAUGAUGAGGUGGCAAGCUAUCGUACUCACUGGUGGCGUUGUGACGGCCCCUGCCAGCAUCGAAGGCCCUUCUUUGGGAUUGUCAAGCGGGCCAUGAACCGGGCACCAUCUGACAAAGAUCCCUGGUGGGCUGACCACCUGCGCACCUGUGGCGGCAGAUUUACAAAGAUACGUGAACCUGAGCCAAAGAUUCCCAAGAACAAAAAGAGAGAUGGUGUUUUGCCUGGCAGUAAUGCAGCAGCUAAGAAAUUCAAAGUGCCGGAUGGCCAAGACAUCAGGACUUUACUUGUACCAGCUGGUACAUCUGCACCUGCUGCAUAUGUUCACCAAGGCGCAUGUCCUAAGCCGGCAGAGCCAAGUGUUACCAGCUUUCUUGGGGAAGCUGCGACAUCUACACAUGCUGCAUAUGUUCGCCAAGGUGCACGUCCUAAGCAGCGAGACCCUAGUGUCUCUAGCUUUCCAGGCAUCACGAAAAGGCUGCCUACCGAUGUACACACCUUGUCUCAACCAGUGGUCAAGUCAACAACAGAUCAGGUGGUUGCCUUCAGUGGCAUAGGCCAUGUACUGGGUGCAACUUCUUCCACAUCUUGGUCUGCAGAGAAAGGCAAUAUCUCCUCAAAGGAUAGAAGUUUAUUACCAGUUUCCAGCUGUGUCUUGGGAACACCCAUGAGAAAAAGGCAGAAUUUUCAGGUAGAUAGACCAAGAGCUGACGGUGCUACAGAGUCUAGUGCUGUCCAUUCAGGGAACAAGGAUGAAACACAGGUCCAGCCGACAGCACCAAAGUUGUCACGUUCAAGUCAGCCAACACUGACCGAUCUUCUAGGUAAAAGAACAUCCCCAAAAAAACAGAUGAGUAAAAGAAGAAGCGCUGCCAAGAUGAAAUUCAUAAGAGAGCUACUCAGUUCAGACAGUGAUUCUGACAAUGAAUGUGUGAUAACUAAAGAGGAAUUUAAUUUGAGAGGGCGAGAAACAUGCUCUGCAAAUACGAAUGAACAGAGCAUGCCCAUAUCGUCGUCUCUGCACGAAACACUGAACUCGGGUCCCACUGCAAAUGCAAGCACGCCUAGUGAGCCAAGAAUAGUUGAAUGCCCUGUCUGUGGCAAUUUCUUGGAGGAACAACAUAUCAAUCGCCAUUUAGAUGUGUGCCUCAUUCAGAAUGACUGAAUCAUAUGCUUAAAUUCGUGAAGGAAGCAGUCAAGUUUCACAACCGACUUUCAUGUAGUGCUACCUCAUAUAUAAGCUAAAUCAAUAUUUGGCUCUUCAAUUGGAAAUAAAGUUUAAAACAAGUAGCGUAAAUUCCAGUAAACAAAUUACCAGUGCUAGUCGUAUAAAACUGGUUGUUUUGUCUGCAAUAGCUCUGUUUCUAUGGUGCUAACACUUUUUAAUUGUUUUAAUAAAUUAUGCCUGUUUUCUUUUUUAAUUUGCUUUGAAUAAAUUGUCAAAGGUGUCACAUUUGUUUUAGCAAGAGUCAUAUUAAAUUAGUUAUGUGCAAGAGCUUUAUGGGAAAAACUAUGCACAGGCUGUCAUUUAUAUUUAUGCUUUAUAUAACAUCAUGAUACCCUUCUCACAUAAAAAGCAAAUGCUUGCACAUUGUAUAUUUUAUGUGUCAUAGUAGCUUUUUUUAGAUAGAAUUACUAGUUACUGCUGUUGACAAGUUGUCAAAAAGGAAUAUAAAACAUUGAAUCUUAUGUCUGUUCUUUUUUUAUUGUUGUAAUGUACAAAUUUUUGUUCAUGGUUAAAGGGGUGCGGACCCCUUUUUUUGAAGGAGAGUUUACUCUGCCAUACAAAUCUUCUGUAUAUAGCGACAACUCUGAACAAGUGCCACACUCAGCAAAUGCUGUUAAGAUACUUUAUUUUGAUAUUAAAGUGAAUUUUUUCACGGUGCACCUAAUGACAUUGACACUAACUUCAUGUCAGGCUACAGUACUAAUCCUAGUGAUUUCAUGCAUCAGUCUGGUUAGUUGUAAUAACGUCAUGCACCAAAACAGAAAAAAUGGUAGCUUGUGCAUCGCCUUCUUGAUUGUCUUGUGCGGUCACUGUCAUCUAGUGUACUUGUGGAGCGAGUAAGCGGAGUCUGGAAUAGUGUACGUGCACAUACUACCACCUCGUGGUGCUGCUCAUACCAUGUCCUGACAUCAGGGUACAGUAGAAACUGAAACUAGCUUUUAAAAGCAUGCUGUAAUAAAUUUUUCAGAGGGCACUCACGCUUACCGAUACAUUUCCUAUGCUCUCGGGAACUUGGCUUAUCAUUUGAUGCAAAAGAAAAUAAAAACAUGAAAAGUGAUAAUUAUGUGUGUCCUCUUUGUUACUGGUUGUAUAAAUAUCAACUUAUUUUGUAUGGUAAUUAGUAACAGUGUUAUUUAAGUAUAAGUAUUUUAUUAUACUGUAUUGUUCAUCUAGUAUAUGUUUUUCUUUAAGUGCCUAAAAACCACCUUCACUGUAUAUUUAACAUUUUGAGUAAAAAUGUAAAAAAUGUAUGUGUUCAGAAUGCUCUCACUAUCAACAGUGCCGUAUGCAACAGUGCUGCUGGUGGGCCACAAAAAUGAAAAAUAAAAUAAACCUUUUCUCGCCGAA